AUGUCUAGCCAGCCAAAAGUGUUCCUGAGUUUCAGAGGGCCGGACACACGGCGCCACUUUUCGGAUUUCCUCUACAACAUGUUGACCAAUGCUGGGAUUGGCGUCUUUAGAGACGAGGAAGGUCUGGAGGGAGGCAAAGAAAUUACACCCCAGCUGAUCCAACAGAUAAAGCAGUCCAAGAUCUCAAUACCGGUAAUCUCCAAGGAGUAUGCGUCCAGCAAGAGCUGCCUCGUGGAAUCGGAGCAAAUGGUGGAGUGCUUGGACAAGAAGGACCACACCAUCAUCCCCAUCUUCUACUACGUCGACCCGUCGGACGUACGCUACUGCAAGGGUUCCUUCGAGAGUGCUUUCCUUAAGCACAAGAACCGUGGCAUUAAUGACAGUCAGAUCAAUUCCUGGAAGUGUGCUCUCCAGCGGAUCGGAAAGUUGAAGGGAUACCCUUUCCACGAAAAAGUGUAUCAUGCUGAAGCCACAAAGCAAAUUGUCCAUGAAGUUCAGCAGAUUCUGAAGACAAAGGACCUAAUUGUGAUGGCACCGUUAGUCGGAGUCGAUUCUCAUGUGCAGGAAAUAAUGGCAAAGCUGAAGUUUGACUGUGGCAAUGGGCGAGCAGUUAAAAUUGGAGACACAAGUGAAAUGGUGUUAAUAUAUGGCAUCCCCGGGGUUGGCAAGACGGUCCUGGCAAAAUAUGUUUAUAAUAAACUUCAUCAUCUGUAUGAUACCUGUAGCUUUCUUGAAAAGAUCCAACAAGAAAUUGAAGAUAAGGGAAUCGUGUCUGUGCAAAACCAACUAAUCUCGGACCUCUAUAACUAUGCCCGAGAAUUUAAAUAUUCUGAUGAUGCUCUGAACUAUAUGCAGAGCUGGUUUCACGCCAAGAAGGUCCUCAUUCUCCUUGAUGACGUUAAGGAUCAUGAACAGCUCAGCGCAUUAGUCGGAGACCUUGAUUGGUUUGGCCUCGGUAGCACGAUCAUUGUGACAUCCCAAAGGGCUGACGUUCUUAUAAGAAUCGAUGGUGCGGAAAGUUUUGUCCUCAGAACGUUGGAACAAGAUAAAGCUCUGCAAUUAUUCUGUAGGCAUGCUUUUGAAGAGGAUUCUCCCCCUGAGAAAUUCAAGGAGGAGUCAAUACGUAUCGCUGCUGCUACUGAGGGGCUUCCUUUAGCGCUCGAGAGCGUAGGUAAAUCUCUAUCAAAAACAAAAAGAAGAAGAGAGUGGACUGAAACAGUGACUGCAUUGGAAGUAGCUUCUCAUGAGAGUGUCUGGAAAGCCUUCUCCAAGAGCUAUAAAACUUUAAAAGAGAAGGAACAGGAGAUAUUUCUUGAUAUAGCAUGCUUUUUCAAUGGCAAGGACAAGAGAAUCCCCUAUUACAUGUGGGAUGACCGUAAUUAUAUGCCUGCUCUAUCGAUUCGCUCUCUUCAUGCCAGGUCUUUGGUAGAAAUUGGGGAAAAUAAAGAAAUAUGCAUGCGUGGAAUACUGAAGAUGUUUGGCCGGGAAAUUGUCGAGCGUGAGCGUGAAUACGAGAGAGAACCUUGCAAGCGCCAGAGGCUGUGCAACGGCGAAAAAGUGCUGAAUGUACUAAGAGGACGGAAGGGUACUGUGUACGUUGAAGCCCUCGGGCUGGAGUUUACGGACGGAUCUGCAGGGAAUAUCAGUUUCAAAUGUGAUCAAAUUGAUGGUUUGCAGAAAUCGAGCUUCCUCAAGCUGGAUCAAGCUGACAUUCGGGGAAACUUUGGGGAUUGUGACUCGAGCUUAAGAUGGCUUGAUUGGCGAGGGUGCCCUAAGAUUUUUUAUGACAACGCAAAUCUGACUUGGCAAAACCUGGUGAUCCUUGAUUUGUCGUGGAGUCAGGUUCAGGAAGACUGGAGUGGUUGGGAGCACCUUGUGGAGGCUAGGAAAUUGAAAGUUUUGAAACUAACUGGUUGUCUCCAAUUGACGGCCACUCCAAAAUUUCCUCCUUCAAUGGAGCUGGAAAGACUUGUUCUGGAAGGUUGCUCUAAUUUAUCAUUUAUCCAUCCAUCAUUUGGUAAUCUGACGAAGUUGGUUUAUUUGAAUAUGAAGGGAUGCGGUGGCCUCAGUGAAUUGCCGGAUUUGGAUCCCAUGACAGGCUUGAAAGAGCUGGUGAUUGAUGGAACUUCCAUCACUCGGAUUGAUUUCCAAGAAGGUUCCAUAAGGAAGCUCAAAUCUCUCAGUGCCCGUGAUUGUAAGCACCUGAUCGAAAUAACCGAUUCGAUAAGGUACUUAGAGUCUCUCACAUAUCUUUCUCUAGACGGCUCAGAAAUCCAUGCCCUCCCGCAGUCCAUCGGAUCACCGGAGAAACCGAAAACAACGUCUGUGAAGAACUGCGGGAGACUAUCCGUUACGUCCCAAGGAUUGCAAGUAUAUUCGCGGCGCAGAAAACAUGCCUAA